AUGUGUUAUCAUUUUGGAGUCCCUUUUAUCUAUCCAGUGAUGGAGAAGGAAGACCGAACACACCUGGGCUUCAUCAUCUGCAACAAAGAAUUUAGAUAUCUUCCUAAUCGAGAUGGUUCUGAGAUUGACCUUUUGAACAUGAAAGAUCUACUUGAAGACCUUGGAUAUUCUGUGAUUAUAAAAGAAUCUCACUUCUCAGGUAAUGAGAAGAAAACAGAACUAAUGGAGUUUGCUGCCUGGGGAGAACACCAUUCCUCAGACAGCACAUUCCUGGUGUUCAUGUCCCAUGGCAAUGAGAACAGAAUCUGUGGGCCGGAGCACAGAGAUCUAGAGCCAGACAUUCUUUGUGAUGACAACAUCUUCAAUAUUUUCAAUAACUGUAACUGCAACAGUCUCAGAAACAUGAAGGUCCUCAUCAUGGGAGCCUGCCAAGGCGGUUUCAUUCUGACCCAGCUUUGGUGUCUCUCUCCCCUCCAAAAUGACACAAAGUCAGACAUUGUUUCAAAGCUGUGGCUUGAGGAGUUUCUCACAUUUACAAAAAGGCCACAUUCUUCAAUAUUUUUAUAUAUUUCAUUUGCAGAUAAUAUUUCUUGGAGAACUGGCACACAUGGGUCUCUCUUCAUUUCCCAACUUACAUUCUGCUUCAAAGAGUAUUCUUGGUGUUAACAUUUGGAAGAAAAUGUUUCGAAAGGUACCUGCCAGAUGACUUGUUUCCUACACACCGCCCCGUUAAAUGACAGUGCCCAGGGGAACUCACUGUUGGCGCGCGUGCUGGGGCAGCUGCCCGUCAGGAGACGACGCUGGCUUGAGGAAAGUCGUGGACAUUCCAGAGAGCCUUCCAGAUUCUGCCAAUGUCCAAACAGCUCGGGUCUGACGUUGCUCCCAGUGCAGGGUCGGAGUGCGAGCAGCUGGGGUCGGACGCUCUGCACUGGGAGGGCUUGGCGCCUGCCUGCUUCCGGUGGUGGUGGGUCAGCUCAGCAAAGCACGCAAAACUCCAGUCGCAGCCUUCCCAGGUGCACUUGUGCGGCUCCUCACCAGUAUGAGUCCUCAGGUGAGCUUUUAAAUAAGACUCCGUAUAAACUUAUGUGCAGCCAGGAUAAUGGCAGGAGUGUUUGCGGCGUUUCUCCAAGUCGCGGUUGCUCUUUCUAUUGUAUCUGA